CGCACUCGUUGUGUCGCUCGCAGAAGGCGCGAAUCUCACCCAACACCGACAACUGAAACAUCACGCCACACACAUCCAUCCAUCCAUCCGUUGUGUGCACCUGUUGGCCGUCGUCGAGCGCAUCGACCGGCGCCAUCGCAGCGUCGUCGUCUAAGUGACACACACACAUUUAUCCAAUGACACACGUGGGUGUGGUGUGCGCCAGAUCUCUCUCUGUCUCGUCUGUCUGGCACACCUGCGGCCGGCUGCUGCUGUCCGUGGUCAUUGGCCUCCUCGUGCUGCCCCUGCUGGUCGUUGUGGUCGCCAUGGAUGUCGCCAUGGUGGCUGGCGUGUGGGUGCGGCUGCUGGAUGGCGUGGAUGCCGUCGUCACACGCCGUCUUGACCUUGAGUGUCAUCUGGUGGUGCUGUGUGUCGAUGCCGCCACAGGCGCACUCGAGCGGAAUCUCGUUGUAGUGAGCCGACGGGUUCGAUGGGUCGGUGGGGAUGAAAGGCCUGAAGUGCUUCGGCUCGUAAGUGGCAGACAUCCGCUCGUCGUAGUACCUGCAGUCAGAGCAGCCAACAUGCCAUGCCAGGGAAACAGACAGACAGUGAGGCGGAUGGGCAGUGGCCAUUCAGUCUGUCAGCUGCUUACAUCAUCUUCAUGGUCAGAUAGCGGUCAUCUGCACACACACACACACACACAGAGAGAGAGAGAGAGAGAGACAGGGAUGAUGAGCAUCUGUCUCAUCUUGUGUGUGUGUGGAUGGGCCUGGCCUGCCUGGCAGCGGGCUGAGCUCCUCUAAAGACACACAGGCACACAGACAGACAGACAGACAGACAGACAGAGGGGAUGGAUGUCGGUGUGUGUGGUGCCUGUGCUGAGUGGCUGCCUUGACUGACUUACGUGUGAGGAAGAUGAGGUUCUGGAGCAUCGAUGUGGUCUGUUUCUUGGCCUCCUCCUUGGACACUCCCCCACUGUGUGCCCCCGUCGCCUGGUGCCUCACCACACUCGCACUCGCACUCGGCUGUGCCUGUGGGUGGCCGUUGUCGCGCUCCACGUCCACACUCACACCGUUGUCGUACGCAAACUGCACAAACAACACACAGAGAGAGAUGGGCGUGGUGUGGUUUGGUGAGUGUCUCUCUGUGUGUGUGUCUGUGUGCCUUGAAGUGGUAGGACUCGAGCAGCGCGUCCGUCAACGAGUCAUGGAUGCCGAAGAUCAACAUACUGAUUGCACCGCCACAUCCAUCCAUCCAUCCACAAGACACAGCACAAGACACACACACGAGUGCAUCCCUCCCUCCCUGCCUGUGUGUGUGGCUGACCGGAGGCACUUCUUGUCGAUGGCGUCGAACACACCAUCCUCGAGCCACGCGUGCAGCUUCGCCGCCUCGCUGUGCUCGUCCUUGGGCCGCAAAAUCUUCAACGGCAACUCACCUGCACAACACAGACAACACGCAGCCACAACACAAACAGAGAGAGACAUGCACUUGUGUCGCCUCUCUCACUGAUGGUCUUCUCCUCGAAGCAGUCCUCGGGGAAGAGAUUGCGAAUGUAGGCGAUGCUCGAGAGGCUCGUGCGGAGGGCAUUGCGGAUCACUGAAAGAAAGAUAUUAGACAACACAGGUACAGGCGGGAGUGACCACGUGUGCGUGGCCGGGUGAUUGUGUGAUCGUGUGGUGGGUGAUUGUGUGCCGACUGCAUAGCGAUUGCGUGCCGCUGAUGGUGGCGGACGUCUGCUGGGUGGCCUGGGCCGGGCGGACCGCCUGAGCCGUUGCCAU